AUGUCGGCCGCUCACUCCCAAGAGGUGGAGCGCUUCCCGUCUGAUCCCGGUGUUCGUCAUACCAGCUGUGACCACCAGGAGAUCCCUUCUGCAUUGCUCAUCGUGAGGCUGGCCGGACAUACUUCUAGAUUCAUCCAAAGCCUCCAUCGUUGA